AUGCGACUUUGGCCAAAGAAAAAAAUGCCCAUAAAUAAAGCGAAAGACGUCAAAAAGAAAGAAAAAGAGAUAGAAUACGAAUUCGAUUUUACAGCAAUUCCAGCGUUUCUCUACGCCAUUGGCCAAUUAAUCGUAAAAUUCUCCAUUAUUUUGGCCAAGUAUUACUGGAACGUCUACCCGUACACUUUGCCCCGGAAAAUUCUAAAUUGCUACUGUCUCGAAUGUCAGAAACACGAGCAAAAUUUAACCAGAUUGAAAGAUGAUUCCGAAUCGUCGGAUUUGGAGUACAUUCCCAGCGAGUGCCUCAACAAGGAGUUCUACAGAAAACACGGAGGACCCGGAACAGCACUUGAAAGAAUUUACAACAUGCUUUUUGACGAAGAUCUGGAAAGCCACGAAAUUCGAAGGCUUCAAAGAGAGGCGAUGGAACAACACAAGCACAAACAGUUCCAAAUGGAUUUCAACGCGGCUCUUGAAAGAGAACGACAAAUAUCAGAAAUGCCGCUUACUCUUGGAACAUUGAAGCUCUUCAAAAACUACUUACUCGCUGUUUCGUUAGAUAUCCUCUGCUUGCUAAUCCUGAUCAGCUGGUACUUCGGCUCGUGGAGGAUUCUUUUCACAGGGCUUGUUGUUCACUUCGUUUUCACGCACUUUCGAAUACUGAAAUUUUUCACUUGGAAAUCGCUGAAACGAAACUGGAACUUUUUGGUUUAUUAUCCAAACGAAGUUAAAAACGAAUACGAAACGCCAGAGGAAGUAUUCUUGCGAUACUACGAUACGGAAUGCUACAGAAGUACUCUCAUGAAAACCUAUCAACGAAAACAAGAUCGAAUUCAGCGAGAGCUCAAGAGUCAAAUGAGCUUCAUGGAGAAGCAGUUGGAAAAGAAAAACGAAGAAAUUGAAAACCUCAAAGUCUCCGUCGACGUAGAAAAUAUCUACGCAGAGGAGUGCGAAUGCAUGCGAAAGAAACUCGGAUCGCUGGAAAUCGAACGAGCAAUACUCAAAACUGAAAAUACAAAAUUGCAGAGCCUGAUGAAAGAAAAAACAAACCUGAUCAACGAGAAGAAGAACAAAAUCGAAUCAAUGGAGUCAAAUCAAAAGCAACACUCCAAAGAACUCAAAAGCUUGAAAUCGAAAAUGGAUGACGUAAAAUUUGCCAAUUCAAAAAUGACGAAAGACUUGAGCAAGUCGGAGAAAACGAUCACCAAUAUGGAAUUCGAGAUAAAACAACUCAAAAAGAAACUCGAAAAUCAUCAGAAAACAAAACCGCCAAAGCCCAAAAAGCCCGAAAAGAUCAAAAUCAAGAACCUCACUCCUGCCAAGCCGGGCAUGCUCCCUGAAUGUGUCAUUUGUUCUGACACGGCCAUGAAUCAUGAUCCGGUCGCUCUCCCCUGCGGGCAUGUCUUCGGAGCCCUGUGCAUCAACAGCUGGUUCCAGAAGAAAGAAUCCUGCCCCAUUUGCAAUACUUUUGCCUCUGACGAAACAGUGAAAACGCUGUACUUUGCUUAUAGCUAA